AUGUUCUGGGAUCACCGUAUUCUAGUGAAGAAGAUCACAGCGGGGGUGUGGAUAGCGAUCGCCCCCGACCCAGAGCUUGUGCGUCAUAACCUCUUGGAGCAGCGCCACCUCGUCCUGGACCGCAAUUCGAUGUUCCCUGCGAAUCGUCGGGGCGAGGUUUAUGGCUUCGACCCUGUGCCUCGAGCUGAGAUUCUGGCUCUAAAAAGGCAAGCCGCAGUUCAGGCGGCAAUAUUGGGCGACGGUGACCAUGACGUUGAGAUGGAGAACUUCGUUUGGGUCGUCGCGGAGGUAGGUCACUCUCGGUUUGCCCAGCCCCUGGUCGAUGCAGAGUUAGACCAGGCUACCUUGGGGCAGUCCAAGGGCGUGGCGCUGGUGAGCGGCCUUGAGGUGUUCGUAGAGAAGGUUCAGAGCAACCAGUUGCAGGAGUGGAUGACCUCACGCAGCUCGGAGGGAGGAGACCUCCGCACCUUGGGCGACCAUCGGGACUCCGCAGGCCGCCGUCAUCUUCCGCUUUCAGACGCUGUGUCCUUGAUGCGCGAGACGAGCUUCGACGAUUGGGCCAUGCCUGGACCGCGAGUUGCCGAGGAGUGGCUCGUUUCAGUUCGGGAUGGCCCUGGCGACCUUUCUUCUUAUCACGGACAGUGGGUUCGCCGUUCGGGAGUCAGCGAGUCCUCGGCGGUGGCCCACAUUCAUUAUGUGCUGUGCGAGUCGGUUCGGCUGGCCAUUCAGACAGACCAGCUCGAUGUGACAAGCUUGUUGAGUUUCGAACUCAUCAUGCGCAGGAUCUGCCAGGACGAGACAGCGGUGGCUCGCAACCCUCGCCAUCCUGACUACGGUGGGCUGGAGAUUUUGCUUCGCGCUCCAACCGCCGAACAGGGCCAGGCGAGCACGAACAGGUUCACGGAGUGGGUCACGGGCCGUCUCAAGGAGCAGGCCGCGAUCUACAAGCAGACUCGGUUGUGGAACGAUGAGCAGCGGGAAUGGAUCCUGGACAGCAUCACGGAGCGCGUUGCCGCUGUGGCCCCCCCCCCGCCUGGCCUGACGGCCGAGGGGGCCGCUCGCGAGUCGCUGGCUUCUAAGGGCCUGUACUGCCAGGGGCCGCAGAACCUCGCGCCGUUCGAUCUGACAAAGCUCAAGGUCGCAAAGGGGCGCGCUCGACCUCGCUCUGUGGCUAACUUCUUGCCGCCUUUGCCUGCGGACAUGAUCCGCAACCCUGCACUGUACAUCGAGAAGGAUGAGGGGGGGAUGGAGUUCAUGCGCCAGCACACCGAUCCUAUUCGUCCUUACUGGGAUCCCGUGCUUCCUGGGGCCCGUGCGGACCUCGACCUCUCCGCGGGUGGCGAGUCCGUCGACGGUGUCGGCAGUGUGAUAGGCUGGGGCCCCCGCGGGAACGAGGCCGAUGUCGAGGACUGCUUCUACAACUUCGCCUUCGAUGGCUUGGCGGAGUGGUUCGGUUUCGACGACCCGCUGCCCGCCGCCGAGAUCAGGGGCACGUGCGGCAUCAAUGUCGGAGCGUUCUGGGACCCCGAGCUGAACGCGAUGGUCUCCGUGGAAGACGACAUGGUCUUGUAUCCGUGCAUGCGCGCUAUGUGCACGGGGUGGUCUUGGGCUCUGUACUUUGCGCAGGAGGCUGUGUCCGCUAUGACAGAGCGGGCGCUGCGCUCGUCGUCUCUACCGACGCCUGCCAUGGUGAAGGAACAUCAUCCCGCCCCCGACUUGAAUGAGUCUAAGGUCAUGGGAAGCGUCUACGUGGACAACAUCACUGUCUUCGGCAGGGACGCUUCUCUGGCUCGUGAGGCGAGCUCCGCCCUGCAGGCUGAAGCUGACCGAUCUGGUUUGCCUAUCACGUGGUCCUAUCCUGAUGUGGUGACCUACCUCGAGACCGUGGGCGUUGAGAUCGACCUCAGGAAGGGGAAGCUUCGCAACAAGGCCUCCCGAGUGUGGCGGUUUGACUUGGCCACCCGCGCUCUCCUGCGUCGUGGCAAGAUGCGAGGGGAGCACAUGGAGGUCUGGCUGGGCCACGCUGUAUCGCUGCUGAUGCUGGCCAGGCCCGGGUACGCCGCGCUCUCAGCCACGUACCGGUUCGCCGAGACCGCCUGGGGUGUUUGGGCCCCUUUGCCGCGCGAGGUCAUGCGCGAGAUGAGGUUGGUCGCUGGGCUGGUCUGGCUCGCUGAGGUCGACCUGGCGGCGCCCUACGUGCCGCGCGUCUAUGCCAGCGACUCCGCCGACAACGGGUACGGCCUGAUGUACAAGAAGGCCUCGGUCGAGGAGAUGCAGUCGGCCUUCCGCUGGAAGGAGAAGUGGAGCUUCAGGCAGCGCCUCCGAGGCCCCCGCGUUGGUCUGACUUCGGCCGCCGAUGUCGCUGAGAUGGGCGGCUACAAGGAAGCAGACGAGGCGCAGCUGGAUCACGAGGUGGAGCCCCGUUUCCGCUCCGCCGAGCCGAACGCUGGCUCCGCCCCUGCCGCGGCCUUCGGCCAGUGGCUGCAGAGCAAGGCCGAGGAGGGCUCUGCCCUCGACAGACCUCAUCGGCCUCGCCCUCGCCGUCUGCGACGGCGCCCCGCCGACCCUGACGAUCCCGACGCCGAGUGCCUCGGUCAGGUGGGCCCCCUGGCGCCGCCGCUGCCCGCCUCCUGGUUCGACUCGGAGGGCUUCGAGCAGGUAGCAGCAAGGCGCUGGCGCUGGCCUGGAGAGCACAUCAAUGUGAAGGAGACCCGCGCUGCUGUGAUGGGGCUGCGGCAUGCCUGUUGCGUUCGCCAGAGUUGCGGACGCCGCCUAGUUUCUCUCGUGGACUCCAUGGUAUGUGUUGGCUGCCUGGACAAAGGGCGGCCCAGCCGCUCAGCAGCUUUGAACGCGCAGUGCCGGCGAGCUGCGGCCUACACAAUCGGUUGUAGAGUGCGUUGGAGGCUGCGGUAUGUCAACACGAAGUUUAACGUGGCCGACGCUCCAUCUCGUCGGUUCGAGCACACUUCCCCCGACAAAGUCAGGACGGGCAGCCUGCCCCCUGGACUCGGUCUCGCAGGGCGCCCGCCCGCCGCGGCCGAGAGCGACAAGCAUCUGGGUUUGCAGCCUCCCGAGGAAAUCGAGGGCCAGGGUUUCUUGGAGCUGUUCUCGGGCGAGGGUGGGCUCUCCAAGGCGUUCGAGGAGCUCGGCCUGCAUACUUACCCCUGCAUGGACAUCAAGGAUGGGGCUCACUAUGACCUCCUGGACCCGAAGGUCCAGGCCCGCCUGACGGCGGGGGCCUGGAGGCCUGGCUUCGCGAUGCUGCGCGACGGCCGGCUUCGCGCGCCCGCGGGCGCCUCCGACCAGCUCGGCAGCGGCUUCAAGCGGAGCCUGACCUCGGGCUCGCUGGCGCCGCCGACUCAGCCGACCUCGAGAGCAGGUUUGACCACCUGCGGCCUUUCAUCGUCUUCGGUCAGGACUCCAACCUCGAAGCAGCAAGGAAACAGGCAGCCCGCUCGAGGAAAGGCCCGAAAGGUCGCUGGCCGCCGCUCCCGCGUCUCUAGUUUCGUGGAGGCAAUCAAGGGCCGCAACCUGAGCUUCGGGCCGACGGCGCCAGUCCCUGUGGAUGGAGGUGUCGCCCGUUUCGGCUCGAUCACCUCGACGUCGCUCGAGCGAUAUGGGACCGCAGUUCGCGAGUUUUUCGACUGGGCGACGCGCUCUGAUGACCUCAGACAAGCUCCAGAGUCCGUUAUCGAUCAGAAAAUGUGCAAGUACUUCGAUGUUCUCAUGAGUGAUGCUCGGCAUGCCGCUGAAGGACGGUGCACACUCUGGGGGUAUCUGACUUUCUUCCCACGGUCGGACAUCGCCAAGUCCGCCCGCCUCGCGAUGGCUCGUGAGGCGAUGAAGGGCUGGGUCCGCAGGUUCCCUGGCUCCUCGCGACAUCCGUGGCCGCUCUCGGUUUUCUAUGUGUUCAUGAGUGUCUUCCUGAGGGACAAUCACACCGAGGCUGCCGUCGCCCUGGCCAUCCAACUAGAGGCCUACCUGAGACCUUCUGAGAUAUGCGAACUGCGGUGGUGCUCCGUGGUUCAGCCCUCGAAGCUCUCAUCUUCAUUGUCAAGAAACAAGUGGGCUGUUGUCAUUGGUAACUCAGACCUCGGUGAGACCACGAAGACUGGCGAGAGCGAUGACACUGUGGUUCUCGACUCUAUCGGCCGUGAGUGGGUAGGUUCCGUGCUUGAGAUGCGGGCUAGGCGCCAUAAGUCUGACACCUGUUCUGAUCAGCUAGUCUUCCCGCACCUGUCUCUAGCCAAGUAUGAAGCACUUUUUAGGCGAGCCACUGCUGCGGAGGCCUCCAUCUUUCAGUGCUUUCAGGAGGCCCUCCAGUAA